AAACUUAAGGCUUUUGAGGGUGGAAGAAAAGCUAGCGGUGCUGUUUGUGUUUGGUGGUGGGGGGUUGAGUAAACAGUGAUUGGUGACAACUGAGAAAAGGCCAAAACAUGAUCAGGAGGAAGCACAACCCACUUCGGUUUGUAAUAUUCUUGUUGCACUCUUAGUUACUUGUGACUUGUUUGUUGAACUUCAGAGUGCAGGGGUUGGUUUGGUUUGGUUGGUUCAUUGCAUUUGGUGUCGCUUUCUCAUGGCUGGUAGACAGACAAUCCGGAGGCUCAAUAAGUCAUGCAUUCUUCUCAUAGCCAUUGCAGGCAUAGAGAGGUUUGCAUUCAAAGGGGUAGCAUCUAAUUUGGUAACUUACCUAACUGAUGUUGUGAUACUAAGCAACUCAUCUGCAGCAAAGAUGGUUAACAGUUGGGUAGGAUUCACCUCCAUAAUGCCAUUGCUGGUGGCACCCAUUGCUGACGCAUAUUGGCACAAAUAUUCCACCAUAAUGGUCUCCUCUUUUCUGUAUUUUAUGGGACUUACAGCAUUGACAACAACAGCACUAGCAAGGUCAUGGCAUCAUAGAAACAGAACAAUGUCUUCUUCAUUUCUCUCUUUGUCUCUCUAUUUAAUUUCGUUAGGCCAAGGUGGAUAUAACCCAUCUCUGCAAGCCUUUGGAGCAGAUCAACUUGGUGAGGAAGAAGAAUUGCCUUGUAGCAAAGAUGAUAAAAGUUCUAACAAAAAAACUCUAUUCUUCCAGUGGUGGUAUUUUGGUGUUUGCAGUGGAAGCCUAUUAGGUGUUACAGUCAUGUCCUACAUCCAAGAUACCUUUGGCUGGGUAAUAGGUUUUGCUAUCCCAGCUAUUUCAAUGGUUUUGUCUAUUUUAAUUUUCUCGUGUGGAAGCCCCAUAUAUUCAUAUAAACAACACGAUGUCUAUCAAGAAAAGAAGCCCCUCAUGAACAUAUUUCAAGCUAUAAAAGCAUCUGCUUUGAGAUGCUUCCAUUGUGAGAUUUCCCUACCAAAUGACAAGCCUGAAGUGGUUGAGCUAGAGCUUCAAGAGACACCCCUUUGUUCUGAAAACUUGGAAAACCUCAAGGAUUUGAAUAAGGAUCCUAAAAGUGGCAUCUAUCUGCUAGCAAAUGUUAAGGUUGUGCUAAGGAUUUUGCCAAUAUGGACAAUGCUUCUCAUGUUUGCAGUGAUCUUCCAACAACCUGCCACAUUUUUCACAAAACAAGGCAUGACAAUGAAAAGAAACAUCGGUGCAGAUUUCAAGAUUCCGCCAGCCACACUCCAAAGUGCUAUAACAUUGUCCAUAAUACUAUUGAUGCCAUUGUAUGACAAAAUAUUUAUACCAAUUGCACAGGUAAUCACUCGUCAGGACAAGGGUAUAAAUGUAAUGCAAAGGAUGGGAAUUGGAAUGGUUCUCUCAAUCAUAGCCAUGGUUAUUGCAGCUCUAGUUGAAAUGAGAAGGCUUGAAAUUGGUAGGCAAAUGAGAAGUGCAGGAUCACAUUCAGAAACAGUGCCUAUAAGCAUUUUCUGGUUGUUACCUCAGUACAUUCUUCUUGGCAUUUCAGACAUUUUCACGGUUGUUGGUAUGCAAGAGUUCUUUUAUGGUGAAGUUCCCAAGACAAUGAGAACAAUGGGAAUUGCAUUGUAUACCAGUGUUUUUGGGGUUGGAAGCUUUGUGAGUGCAUUGUUAAUUACACUGGUUGAAGUAUACACAAGUUCAAAGGGAAUACCAAGUUGGUUCUGUGAUGAUAUGGUUGAAGCACGCUUGGACAAUUACUAUUGGCUUCUAGCUUGGUUAAGUAUAGUGAGCUUCCUAUUAUAUGCUCUAUUGUGUAAAUAUUAUCAUAAGAGGAGUGAUUCAGAUAGUUAGUGAAAAUUGAGUCUUUUAAUUCCUUGCUUUUCAAGUGCUAUUUCCCCUUUCCUUUUGGUGUGAAGUUUGUUGAACUACUUGACCUAAUGUUGAAUAACAGUAGUAUGAUGUGUGUGUGUGUUUGCAAGUAAAAGAGAAAGUAAAAAU